GUGAUUUUCUAAAAAUUGUUCAAUUGAAUUGUAGACCUGAUGAAGAGGACAUCCAUCCUCGAAACGUCGUUGUUGAAUGCAGGAGCUAAGAUUAGAUUUUUGGAAGUUCGGAAGAUGUGUCUGUAGGAAGUAUGGGAUUUAGUCGGAGGUGUUUGUCUGCAGGGUUGAGGAGAGAGAGAGAGUGAGAGAGGCGAACGGAGAGAGGCGAACGAAGAGAGGCGAACGGAGAGAGGCGAACGGAGAGAGGCGAACGGAGAGAGGCGAACGGAGAGAGGCGAUCGUGACGGCUGUCAGUAUGAAAAGUGUAUUGGUAGAAAUAAGACGCGAAUUUCUGUCCAGCUAUUGAAUAAAAUUGAUUUGUUGGAAAGUAUUAAAGACGUUUAAUUUUGUUGUUCAACAUAAGGUCCUUCGAGACCCAACAUAAAAAUGUUUAAGUCCACUCCAAAAACGCAGAAAAAACGCAAGAAUGCUGAGCGUCUCCGGUCAAUUGAAGAAGCCAAAAAACGCAAAAUGGCGGAAUUAGAGCAGCUCGAAAAGCUUAAGGAAAAGCUUGAGGCGUCAGAUGAUGAUAUUGAGGGUGAAGCAAGUGAAUUUAACGAGGAAUACGAGAUUUCAGAGAAAGGAGACGAUUCUACAACCAACGAAGAAAAUGAGCUAUCGAUGCAUAUUGCAAAUAUGUCCACAAUUAUCGCCAAUCAAGAAAAGCAAGUCAGCAAGUUCAUCGCACGUCAAGCCGUAGCCAAAGAAUUGCCAGAUUUCAACGGCGACCCUGAAGAAUGGCCAUUAUUUUAUGCCAUGUUUCAACAAAGUUCUAAGGAUGGCGAUUUCACAGCCACUGAAAACACCAUGAGAUUGGCCAAAGCACUGAAAGGAGAUGCACGGGAUAGAGUAAAAACCCUCAUUGCUACAGCAGCAGCACCAGAAGACAUCAUAAACGUGUUGCAGUCGCAUUUUGGACAUCCAAGACAAGUGAUAAAUCGAAUGAUGGCUCGCAUAGCUUCAACACCAGACCCAAAAGAUGGUGAUCCAGAGAGUAUUGUCAAAUUUGCAACCAUCGUAGAAAACUUGUCGUUUGGAUUGAAAUGGCUGGACAAAGGACGUUAUAUGGACUCUCCAUGGGUGACAAAUGAUAUUGAGAGAAAACUAUCUCCAACCAUGAGGAUGCUUUGGGCAAUGAGGGCCAAAGAAAUUCCAAAUUACUCUGUGACGGAUCUUGCAACUUGGCUGAACGACCAAUCGAAAAUUUCUUUGAAUAUUUUGCCAGUGACGUCACUCUCAACUCAAUCAUCAACUGGAAACAAGCAGAAGACAAAGGAACAUACACGAACACCAAAAAUACGCAGUGCAGCGGUUAUGACGACCCAAAUUGCAACAAAGAGCUACAAAUGUGCAGUGUGUGAGGAAGGUCAUUAUACGAAUGAGUGUCCAAAAUUGAAGGAAUCCACGGUAAAGGAGCGUUACAAACUUGCAAAGGGUCUCUGUUGGGGAUGCUUGGGCCGAAACCAUCGCUUAAAUACCUGUGUUCGCCGCCGCACUUGUGGAUUAGAUGGAUGUAAGCGAAUGCAUCAUCGCCUGCUGCAUGGAACAGAGAAGUCCGUUAAAUUUGAAGACGAGAAAAAAGAAGACAACGAUAAAACAGAUACUAACACUAAGGUUUCAAACAAUCUGAAAAAUAUGGAGAUCCCUGUGGAUGUGACCGAUCCAUCAGGACGAAAACUACUCACAAUGGAAGGGUUAUUUUCAAAAAUUUCCGGUGAGGCUGAAGAGUCUUGCAGUUCAAAGGGUACGCUUACGGGGGGAGAUGAUGGUGUCCUUUUCGGUAUACCGAUUACUAAUACAAGCCAAGGUACGACGACUGAGAUCGUCAGUUCUGAUGAAAAAACAAGUGGUGUGUCCUUGUUCGGAGCAUCUGAUUCUGGAAAAAGAAUGUUUAAUGAAAAGAAUGAAAAUACUCAAACGUCAUCUGAGUCAUGUGCCAAAGACCAAAAUCAUAUUCAGGAAAUUUCUUUGGUAGAAUUUCAGUCCAAAGGAAGGCACACAGCAUUUGCCGGUGCGUCUCAGUGUCAAGCAACAGUAAUGCUCAGGGUGUUACCAGUAGAGAUUGCUGCUUCUGAUAAGAGUAACAUUGUUAGAAUUCUGGCUUUACUGGAUUCUGCUUCAUCAGUUAGUCUAAUUGAUGGUACUUUAAUUCGUCGAUUGGGCGUAUUUGGUACUCAGGCCUCCAUGGAACUGAUGUGGUUGGAUGGUUCAAGUAAAGAAAUUCACAGCACCACGGAGGUAACACUUGCAAUAAGAGGAGUAUUUCCGGGUGCUAAAUGGUAUGAGUUGCGAAAUAUACGAACCAUGUCCGAUUUGAUCUUGCCAGAGGUGCGUGUGGAUAAAGAGAAAUUGAUUAAUCAAUUUCCCUAUCUUAAAACAAUAGAAUUUUCUGGAUUUUCUAACCAAGCACCUCAAAUUCUUCUUGGUGAGGAUAAUGCUUUCCUUAUCGCCACUCAUGAUCUCAUACAUGGUCCUCUAAAGGAUCCUGUAGCUUCAAAAACUGCUUUGGGAUGGGUAAUUAGUGGCUCAGAUGGGGGGAGAAGACGUCACCCCGAAUACACUCAUAUGUCGAGAAACUCGAAUAAGAGUGAAAUUCACGAGCUCACUGAAAUUAUCAAGACAUCCUUUAGUACAGAAGAUUUCGGUGUCAAGGUCUAUAUCGAGAAACCCAGAAGUCAGGAGGACAAAUAUGCAUUAUCAAUUAUGGAAUCAACGACAAAACGUGUUGGGCAAAGAUUUGAAACAGGUCUUCUUUGGAAGGACACAGAUGCACCACUACCCCAGUCUAGAGCAACUGCGUGGCGUCGUCUUAGACAAAUUGAAAUGCGCAUGGACCGAGAUGAAGCGUUUAAAACGGAUUACACAAAAAAGUUUGAACAUUAUAUAGACAGUGGCUAUCUUGAGCCAGUAGAGUCACCAUCAGAACAAUCAAGAAAGGUUUGGUAUUUGCCACAUUUCGGCGUGACAAAUCCUAACAAACCCGGGAAACUUCGACUGGUGUAUGAUGCGGCAGCGAAGGCACAUGGGAUAUCUCUCAAUGAUUGCCUAUUGAAGGGUCCCGAUUUGAUGAAUAACCUGCCUGGAAUUCUGUUGCAAUUUCGUAAAGGACAGUACGCUUUCGCAGGUGAUAUUCAAGAGAUGUUUCAUCAAAUAGUGAUUCGAGAACAAGAUCGUGAUGCGCAACGUGUUCUCUGGCGGGCAGACAAAAGAGAUGUUUUUCCACAGGAGUAUCGCAUGCGAGUCAUGACAUUUGGAGUAGCAUGUAGCCCCGCAUUAGCCGCCUAUGUUAAGGACAAAAAUGUUAAGGAGUUCAUCGAUCGGUAUCCUACAGCUGUAGAUGAAAUUAUACGAAAGCAUUUUGUAGAUGACUAUUUGGGAUGCACAGAUGAUGAAGAAUCCGCCAUUCAACUGAUAAAUGAAGUCAUCAAUAUACAUAAGCAAGGAGGAUUCAACAUCAGAAACUUUAUUAGCAAUUCCCAAAAGAUCUUGAGUGGUCUUCCAAAAGAAUCAUGCCGUGAUAUUCAUGACAAAGAUUUAGACAUUGAGAGUAGUUUUGAGAAAAUCCUCGGUGUGUGGUGGAAUACAGAAACUGAUUGCUUUACAUUCAAAGUAAAGAUAAAUUGCAUCCAGCAAGAAGUAAUUGAAGGAACAGACUUGCCCACGAAGCGAGAAGCACUUCGUAUCUUAAUGUCAAUUUUCGACCCCUUGGGUAUGAUUGCUCACUUUAUCAUUUGCGGAAAAAUUCUUCUACAAAAAAUCUGGAAACGCGGUAUAGAAUGGGACGAUGAGUUGCCAUCUGAUCUUGGAGAUGAAUGGAGGAACUGGUUAAAGCAACUUUCCUUUUUACCUCGUGUCUCAAUUUCGAGAUGCUAUUCGGAUUUACGUUUCCGAACAGCUUCAGUAGAACUACAUGUUUUUGCAGAUGCAAGCAGUGAGGCCUUUGCUUCUGUUGCAUACUUAAGAUUUGUGAAAAACGGACACAUUCAUGUGAGCUUUGUAAUGGCUCGUACCCGUGUCGCACCUAUAAAAGGAUUGACCAUUCCCAAAUUGGAAUUGCAAGCCGCUUUGAUGGCUAGUCGUCUUUCCAAAACAAUAGAACAAUACAUUGAUAUUACUGUUCAUCGGAAGGUAUUUUGGUCUGACUCUAUGGUAGUGCUGGGUCAGAUUCGAGGAGAUCCUCUGCGUCGCAAUGCCUUCGUCGCGAACCGAGUAGGCGAGAUAAAUGAACUCACAAAUCCUGAAACAUGGAGAUACGUUCCCAGUCAGUUAAAUGUAGCAGAUCAAGCCACAAGAGGGAACGGCAUGGUGGAAUUUAGUGCAACAUCAACUUGGUAUCAAGGCCCGAUAUUCUUGUGGAAAGAUGAGAACCUUUGGCCGGCUGCACCCGGUACUCGGGACACGAAAAUAGAUGAAAACGAAGAUGAGUUGGAUUUUGAAACGAUAAACGUUGUGACCUUAGAUCAGCCGACAGCAUCAGAUGACGACAGGUUGCACGAAUCAGUAUUGGAUCCGGAAAAUUAUAUGCGUUGGGAUCAUAUGCUAAAAGUCGCCGGUUAUGUGUACAAAUUCAUUGAUGCCUGUCGUCAGCGCCGCAGAACUAAUAACUUAAUAGAACCAAACGGAAAAAUAUUUCUGACUGCCAGUGACUACAAGGGUGGCGAGAGAUGCAUAAUUCGACAGACACAACAAGAAUGUUUUCAUGCAGAAUUUGAGUGUUUGGCACAAUCACGUACAUUGGAGAACCACGAAAAUAAUAGACACGUAAACGCUAAGCUUUCAAAGAAAAGCACCAUCUAUAAAUUGAAUCCAGGUUUGGAUGAGAACGGAAUAAUUCGUGCUUACGGUAGGAUUCAGAUGAUGCCACGAGCUAGCGAAGACUUCAAAAAUCCUAUCCUGCUUCAUGCAGGAAAUCGGGCAGUACAGUUAAUGUUGACCCAUUAUCAUCAAGAACUUGGUCACUGGGGAACUUCUUUGGUGAUGGCAGAGUUACGACAACGCUUUGAAAUUAUUACCGGAAGGAAGGCAUUAAAACAAAUUCAAAUGGAUUGUAUCACAUGCCAGAAAGCACGAUCACAACCGAAUGUACCAAUUAUGGGCCAAAUUCCUGAGGAACGUCUGUCUGCACAUGUGCAUCCAUUUACUCAUACUGGAUGUGACUUCUUUGGACCCCUUUAUGUCAAAACAGGGAGAAGUGAGGUGAAACGAUAUGGAGCAAUAUUUACCUGUUUGACGACCCGCGCCAUUCACUUAGAAUUAUGUGAAAAUUUAACUACGGAUUCCUGUAUACUAGCUAUCCGUCGCUUCAUGGCAAGAAGAGGGGAACCCGAAACAAUAUUAUCCGACAAUGGAACGAAUUUCAAAGGAGCUGAAAGGGAAAUUCGUCAGUCUCUGGCCGAAAUCAAACAUGAUGUCAUCACGUCGACUCUUGCGAAACGUCAAGUGACUUGGAAGUUUAACCCUCCUCAUGCACCCCAUAUGGGUGGGACGUGGGAAAGACUGGUAGCUCCUGUGAAAAAGGCAAUCUCGCUAGCGAUCGGGAGCUCCAAACACCCUCCAAGUCAAGAAGUGUUGCAGACUGUGUUAGCAGAAGCUGAACAUCUAGUGAAUUCACGUCCGUUAGCUGAAGUCAGCGAUGCAAAUGAAGUCCUUACUCCCAAUCAUUUUCUGAUCCACCGUCAGUCUGGACUACAAGCACCUGGAACCUUCACCGAUCAAGACCUUGUACUUCGAAAGGAAUGGCGUAAAUCACAACGUCUCACUGACAUCUUCUGGAAGAAGUGGCUGCAGUUCUACACCCCAACACUGACACAUCGACCCAAGUGGCACAGCAACAACCCAAAUGUCAAAGUUGGAGACCGUGUUAUGAUCGUGGAUCCUAAUCUGGAGCGUAAUACGUGGCCUGUUGGACGAGUAGUCGAGUUGUACCCCGGGAAAGAUGGAAAAGUUCGAGUGGUUCUGGUCCGAACUGAAGAUGAGCAUAAAGUGUUUAAGCGACCAGUAGCGAAGUUAAUCAUCCUCAGAACUCCCAAAUUGCUCAACGAUGAAUUGAAGCCGAAAGAUCGGCCCAAUUCGGGGGGAGAUCAUGUUGAAUGCAGGAGCUAAGAUUAGAUUUUUGGAAGUUCGGAAGAUGUGUCUGUAGGAAGUAUGGGAUUUAGUCGGAGGUGUUUGUCUGCAGGGUUGAGGAGAGAGAGAGAGUGAGAGAGGCGAACGGAGAGAGGCGAACGAAGAGAGGCGAACGGAGAGAGGCGAACGGAGAGAGGCGAACGGAGAGAGGCGAACGGAGAGAGGCGAUCGUGACGGCUGUCAGUAUGAAAAGUGUAUUGGUAGAAAUAAGACGCGAAUUUCUGUCCAGCUAUUGAAUAAAAUUGAUUUGUUGGAAAGUAUUA